AUGUCAAGCCCGCCGUCUGCUCCCGAAAAUUCCUUGCCUGAUCCCCUGGUGACACCUGCGGCGCCUGCCCAACAUGAUUGCUCCAAAGACCCCGGGCUGCCUCCGGGCAACCCACGUCACGACUUGUCGCAGGGCCAGCGGUCCCAGGGGGCUCAGGAGUCGCCAUCCCCGUCUCGGGCUGAGUCCCCCACAGUCCAUGAAUGGUCCCAGCCCGCCUCGACCUUCACUCUAAAAAGGACCACGUCGAUCCCCUUAGAAAGGCCCGCUCGUCCCGAUGUUGCUCACAGUCCCCAACUGUCGGAGCGAGAUAGCAUUUUCGCGACCCAUUACCUCCCGUCGGACAGCGGCGCCAAUACCCCACAGUUACCUCCUGAAAGGACCUUGGAUAAUGUGCGUCAGGUCAGCCUGAUUCCCGGCCUCGACGAUGCCUCCGUGCCUCCAAGUCCACUCUCCAAGGUCUCUUCCCAAAGUUCUCGCGUCGACCCUUCCCACAUGGAAGUUGACGUCCGCAGACACUUUCCCUCCCCAGCCCCUUCUCACUUUUCACCCUCCGAUAUCCCGCGCUGGCCUCUCCUGCGCUCAUCGCUCUUAUCUACAGAGCAAAAAAACCAGGAAGCAGACACUCCCCACACUCAGACUUUGAAAGAGUCUCGGCCACUACACGGCGUGCCAUCGGAUGACACAGGUACGCAGACCGGACGUCCACAAGACUCCUUGGCUGAGCGCAGCCUUUUCCCCUCCGCACUAGGUGAUGUAUCCCAUACUCCCCAGCCAGUGACACUCUCCUCGUCCGAUCAAGAGCGAUCAGGGCUUACUCGCGAAAUCCUAUCCUACACCUCACAGGGGGAUUCUGCCGGAGGUCCUGCUCUGGAAAGAAGCUCAAGCAGAGGUCGGCGGGGUCGAGUGGACAACUCGAUUGAGGCAAACUUUACCAACGUGGAGCCGGCCUCCAACGUGCGCAGUCGUAAAUCGAGUCACUACCUGGGUUUAUUCAAAGAGAACACUACCUCGCCAGAUCGGAAGCGAAGAGAGGAUCGCGGUCGAUACCAAGAUGUCCCAUCUGAACUGCAGGACAGAGUCAUGGAUCAUGAACCGGAGUCAAGGCAGCCAGCGUCGGAGGAGGAUGCAUUGCUCCGCAAAAGUGUUUCCCUCCCCUCACUGAGCGAAGGCCCAUCAUUCGAGCCACAACACCCGGCUGAACCACCUCAAGAAGCCCAGCAGGACGAUCUUUAUAAGCGUCGGCCAAAAGCUUUGCCCCGCAAUCUGCUGGAAGAGAUUCGAAACUUUCAUCUCACACCGGGGGGAUACUCCGAACGAAGCCGGGAUUACUUCCAGCCCGAGCCCCAUGUCGAGCAUCUCUCACGCUCGCCGAGCUCCUAUGAGCAAGAGGAGCGCCGCGAUUCAGGUCAAUUUGAGGAAGAUUAUGAGAACGAGCAGAUCUCGUCUGCUGUUUACUUCCCUCACGAGCGAGUUGCGGAAUCCGAGGGAGUUGAUGGUUUGCGGGCAUUUGCUCAAGACUCUGGCGUACAGCCAGUCCAGCUGGAUGCGGCAGAGAAAGGCCAUGAGCUGAUUUUGGUGACGCAAGAGCGUAGUGCGUCUCCUGAGCAAGAGGUCAGCCAUGUGGAUAUAUCCUUUCGAUCUAAAAAUCAAAGUAAAAUCCUACACGGCGAGGUCCAAGAUCGUCAACCUCCUCUGGAGAGCGUGCCGGAAAAGCCCCUGAGUACCAUUUCUGAGCGCAGCUAUGAUUCAACGGGCGAUUCUGAGAUCGUAUCCGCGGAUGAAAGCGCCCAGUCUGUUCAUGACGAAUCGAGCCUGACCGAUGAUACCGAGCGGACCCCGACGGCGACCCCGAUUCAACCAUCGCGAAUGAUGACUCGUCGCAAGCCUCAGGGUCCCCUUGGCGCCGUGGAGCUAAAGCCUUAUAGGCACCAGGUUGGCGGGCACACAACUGUAUUCCGCUUUUCUAGGCGGGCCGUGUGCAAGCAGCUGAACAAUCGGGAAAAUGAAUUCUAUGAACGCAUCGAGCGCCGCCAUCCUGAUAUGCUAGUAUUUCUUCCGAGAUACAUUGGUGUUUUGAAUGUGACAUUCUCGAAAAAUUCCAAACGACCAAAGGCCCACAGCCAGUCAGGCGGCAAUUCCCAGGAUGUAAAACAAACUAACGGGGCUUCGUCUUUAACCUCGCCCUUCCCUGACACCCCCGAGCCGCAACGAAUUUUCAGCCAGAAGCAGAUUACUGGAGUAAUCCCUAAAGUCAUACUUGCGAAUAAUCGUCAUAUCAUCCCUGCAGACCUCUUUUCUACUCCUCAGCGACCGCGGACCGCGGAUGAAGCAGUUGUGAAUCGAAGGCGCUCAGUUGAUCGCCUGGGCGCCAUGACGACCGAUUCGGAUCCGUCCUUGCGGAAACGGAACAAGAUUUGGGGUGCCACCACCGUCAAUCGGAAGCUCCAGGAGCAAGUGCUUCGAGAAGUCUUCAGUCCUCCCGCCAUUCAUCAUCAUCGGCGCCACGCGCGUGGCCACCUUCACCUACCAAGAGCCUCUUCAGACAUCCCCCGUCGUCGAGGAAACUUGUCCGAAGAUCACACAUCCAGCAGCCGCCGAAUGGCACCUCCCAAUAUCGAGGCUCUUAAGACUCCGGCAAUUGACAUUGUGCCUCCAUCAAACGAAGGACCGGGAUUGUCUUCUUCGGCAUCUACCGCGUUUGAGGCAAAUCGCAACCGCCUAGAGAAAGUUCGAACUGAGGAGGAACAGAGCCGAGCAAGCUCCCUCAAUCGCGUUCCCCAGGUCAGGCGGCGGCAUUCCGGUAGUGGUCUGCAAAGACGAGGAAGCAUCAAUUCUCAGAAUACCGGUGAUCUGAUGUUUUUCGAUGACGAAGGUUAUGGUGGGGACAAAGAAGACGAAAUCUUCUCCAUGGAAGGCGAUGCCUCGAUGCCUUCAGACCCGUCUCCGCUGGUCAAUCCCGCGACCUCGCCAUUCUUUGAAAGUAACUCGACCAGCGAACCCCCUACGCUUGGGCCUGUGACCCCUGGCAAACCGUCUCAAAUCCCCUCCCAGGUGGAAUCAAAGGAAGAUCCCAGCACUGGGCUACCUAGCAAUCCAAAGGAAGCACAGAUGAAACAGGAUGAGCGAGUCCAAUUCUUCCUCCUUUUGGAGGAUCUGACAGCUGGCAUGAAUAAGCCAUGCGUCCUUGAUCUGAAAAUGGGCACCCGCCAAUAUGGGAUCGAGGCUAACGAGAAGAAGAAAAAGUCGCAGCGGCGGAAAUGUCAGUCCACUACUUCGCAACAACUCGGCGUGCGGCUCUGUGGCAUGCAAGCCUGGAACGUUAAAAAACAGGAGUAUACCUUCGAGGACAAGUACUUUGGGCGAGACUUGCGAUCUGGUCGCGAAUUCCAGGAUGCACUUACCCGUUUCCUGUACGACGGAGUCAGCUAUGCUUCUGUAGCCAAGAAGAUCCCUGUGAUCCUGGAAAGAUUGACUCUGCUCGAGCACAUGAUUCGGAAGCUGGAGCGGUAUCGGCUAUACGCGAGCAGCCUCUUGAUUCUCUAUGACGGCGAGCAGUCCACAUCGGAAACGCCUCAGCAGGGGCCUCCUAGCACCAGUGCUGAACGGCCCCCUCCCCGACGCCGCGUCUCCGAUGACGGUCAUAAAAACUUCGAUGUGCAGUUGAAGAUUGUCGACUUUGCCAACUGCGUUACCGGCGAGGACACUCUUCCCCCGGACACACCCUGUCCGCCUCACUACCCCCAAGACAUUGAUCGUGGCUACCUGCGCGGCCUCCGGACGCUGCGCAUGUACUUUCAACGUAUCAUGAAGGAAGUCACUCAAGAAGAAUUCGUCGAGCGAGGCGAGGGCGAAGCCAUUGCAUUAGGCUCUCAGCCUGCAGGUCGCGAAUCCCCCUCAGACCAAUACUGGGAUGAGAGUGUAAUGGAUAACGAUCUCGGCGAAGUGAGCUUCUAG